AUGAUUAAACAACAGCAACCACAACAACUUAUUACAUACGCCAUAUAUGCAUAUAAUUCAAAGACGGCAGAACAAACGCAAAGGUUGAAAUAUGGAGAUUUGGAGAUAGUAUUGAAAAAUGACCAUUUCGAAUUCGUUUGCAAAGGUGGUGCAGUGAUAUCAAAUAUAAAAGAAAUUUUAUUUAUGAAUUCAAAAAUUAAAGGAAUAACGGAUGAUAUAACAUCAAUUCCACCAGAAGAACAGAGAUAUUACGCAUUAAAUGCAUUUCCUAAAGUUUUGAAGAUUGGAAGAUUUAAUUUAAAUGAGGAAUUCAUAGAAGGUUUCCUAAACGACAUAAUGACGAAGGUGGAUAAGGAAUAUGUGGAUAAUGAGUUAAAUAAGAAGGCAAAUUUGGUUUAUGUUGAUGAAAAAGAUAAUGAAAUUAAAGAAAAGGUUGAAUGGUAUCAUGAAUGGACAUCGGAGACUUUUAAAGUUAAAGCUGAUACAGGAUGGGUUUCAGGAUGUUUAGACCUUAAAGCAGAUAAAACUUAUGUUGAUGAAAAAGAUAAUGAAAUUAAAGAAAAGGUUGAAUGGUAUCAUGAAUGGACAUCGGAGACUUUUAAAGUUAAAGCUGAUACAGAAUGGGUUUCAGGAUGUUUAGACCUUAAAGCAGAUAAAACUUAUGUUGAUGAAAAUUAUGCAAAGAAGUCGGAAGUAAAUGAUGUGAUUACAAGCAUGAAAAAUGAAAUACUUCAAACAUUAUAUCCUGUUGGUUCUAUUUAUACGUCAAUGAAUUCAACAAAUCCAGCAACAGUUUUAGGUUUUGGUAUGUGGAAGCAGAUUGUAGAUAAAUUCUUAUACUGUGCUAGAUAUUCAAAGCAAACAGGAGGUUCGAAGAAAAUUAAAGAAGCAAACCUUCCACCGCACACUCAUACGGGAACUACAAACUUUUCUGGCGAUCAUAGCCACUCAUUAAGAGACCACCCAUUAUAG